AUGGAAACUUGGAAUCAAACAGUUGCGGCCAAGUUCGUUCUCCAGGGGUUAUCACAGAUCUGGGAGCUGCAGUUGUUCUUCUGUGCCCUCCUCCUGCUCUUCUAUGUCAUCAUCCUACCUGGGAACAUCCUCAUCAUUGUGACAAUUCUGAAAGACCCCCGUCUGGGAUCCCCCAUGUUUUUCUUCUUGGCCAACUUGGCUUUCAUGGACAUCUGCUAUAGUUGUGUCACCCCUCCAAAGAUUAUAUCUAACCUCUUCUCCGGCAGCAGAACCAUCUCCUACUCAGGCUGCAUGGCUCAGAUUUUUUUCAUUCAUUUUUUAGGAGCAGCUGAGACCAGCCUCCUUAUUUCCAUGGCUAUUGACCGGUAUGUGGCCAUCUGCCACCCAUUGCACUAUACAACCAUGGUGACCAGAGCAAUAUGUUGGGUGUUGGUGCUAUGUGCAUGGACUGGAGCUUUCAUUCAUUCCAUAAUCCAAGUUGUCCUCAUUGUCCCACUCCAUUUCUGUGGCCCCAAUGAAGUGGAUAACUUCUUCUGUGAUAUCACCCAGGUCAUCAAGCUGGCUUGCACCAACACUUACACACUAGAGUUUUUCAUGUUUGUCAACAGUGGCUUGAUCGCCACUGGAUGUUUCCUCCUUAUCCUCAUCUCCUAUGGGGUCCUACUGGUCAAGGUGAAGAUGGGCUCCAGCCAAGGGAAAAGCAAAGCCUCUUCCACAUGCAUCACCCACAUCAUCAUUGUCUUCAUUAUGUUUACUCCAGCUACCUACAUCUAUUGCCGUCCUUUCCAAGACUCCGCCUAUGACAAGGUGGUGGCCUUUUUCCACACAGUGGUCUUCCCCUUGAUGAACCCCAUGAUCUACACCCUGAGGAACAAGGAGAUUAAAGUUGCUAUGUGGAGACUGCUGAAGAAAUACAACAUUUGCAGGGACAAGUGA